AUGGGAUCUUCAACAUCUGCCGAUUUGAAGAAAAUUCUCAAUCCAUAUUUGGAACAAUACAAUAGAAGCACUGAAGCUGCAAAUGCUGAAGGUUGGUUGGAAAAAAUGAAUUUUCUGAAAAAAAUAAAAUGUUUUUAGAAUCGGUCAAGCUUCUUCAUCCUCAAGCGGUUUGCAUCGAAAGAAACAAAUCGGCGACUUUUGGAAAAGAAGGUAUAUAUUUUCUAUUAGAGACAAGGUGCUCACUUCUUUUCUCUACAUGAGUAACAAAAACUCACAUUCUCAAUUUCAGCACUUCUCAAAUUGUUCAAAGAAUGGUAUGAAUUCACCGGGCCUUAUAUUUUCGACAAAUAUGAUGAAAAAUACACAGCGGCUGGCGAUUCGAUGAUUAUUAUGGACACAAAAAUGCGACUUUUGAAAGUCAAAGACAAAUCGCAAAUUUUGAAAGGAGAAGUUAUGCAUAUUUGGAAAAAGGAAAACGAAAAAUGGUAUAUUUUUUAUGAACAAUUUCAUGUUAUUGAAUGA